AUGGCUUCCACACCACCUGCAGCCGUGAGCAUUCUCAAUGCAAUUGGCAACACACCAGUUAUUAAAUUGAACCACGUCGUUCCUGCUGGAUCUGCAGAUGUCUAUAUCAAACUCGAAUUUUAUAACCCAACUGGGUGCUACAAAGAUCGGAUGGCAUGGUCCAUGAUUGACCAAGCAGAACAACGUGGAGAUUUAAACCCAGGUAUGACAGUUGUGGAAGCUACUGGCGGAAGCACUGGAUCUUCACUUGCAUUCAUCUGCGCUUUAAAAGGCUAUAAUUUUGAAGUGGUGUGCUCGGAUGUAUUUUCAAUUGAGAAGCUGCGUACAAUUACUACACUUGGGGCAAAGCUUGAUAUCAUACACAGCCCUACUGGCAAAGUUACAGCCGAUCUUAUGCCAUCUAUGAUACAGCGUGCAAAGGAAAUUGGCGAAAGAAAGGGAUACUACUACACGAACCAGUUUAAUAACCGGGACGCUCUUAUUGGAUAUGAAGGCAUUGGCCAUGAACUAGUCAAGCAAUUUCCUGACGGCAUUGAUGCAUUCUGCGGCGCCAUCGGCACAGCUGGGAUGGCGAUGGGCACUGCACGGGUCUUCAGGUCAAAAAUGCCCUCUACGAAAAUUGUCAUUUUGGAGCCAGCAUCAGCGCCACACAUCACCAAGGGCCAAACCGGAGCACAUAGCGUCGAAGGCAUUGCAGUUGUCAGCCGUCCGCCCCAUCUCGAUGAUGCCUUGUAUGACGAAGCUCGCGGUAUCGAAGAAGACAAAGCGCGUGCCAUGUGCCGCCUCCUUGCCAGAAAGGAAGGAUUGCUUGUCGGCACAUCCACAGGGAUAAACGUCGUCGCGGCCCUGGAACUUGCAAAGGAAUUGGGCCCAGGUAAAACAGUUGUUACCGUCGCGGUCGAUACGGGUCUAAAAUACUUGAAUGGCAAUUUGUUCCAGGAGUAA